UGUUGUCUACCUCCUCUGCUGCCAACCGCCUUGGCCCUGAAUGUUUGGAGAGCAAAAAGGCUUUAACUAGACGACGUAAGGCCAGUCUAUUUCGAUCAUCUAGUGGACAGCCUGAUGAACAUAAUUUAUUGGCCGAUGCUCUUUAUUUACCUCAAAGCCUUCACCUUAGCAGUUCAUCUGAUAGUAAAAAUUUUUUUAUAUUCAUUCCCUCAAUAAUCUUUUUAUUUAAUGUCCAAUCGACAAUGUUCGUCGUUUAUUGGAAAGAGUUGUUGGAGGGGAUGGCUCAACAUUAUCGCCAGUUUCUGGACAACAACGACAAACACUUUUUUGUGAAAUGCUUUACUUGACAACAGCAUUUGCUGAACAAGAAGCAGCAGCAGAAAUUGGGGAUGGAGUAAUGGCUUCAAAUCUUCAAUUGGUACAACAAAGUUUAUUUUGGCAACAGACUACAAGAUGGAUAAAAUAUGAGCAAUGCAUUGAAGGUGGAGGAACGCGCUUUUCACGUCCUUAUAUUACGCUUCUCGGUAUUGCUGCUAUUAUGCAGGUACCAUUUCUCAAAAAUUUAAAAAUUCUCAAUUUAAAGGUAAAAAAUUGUUUACGUCGUGGCCUUGUUCUCCUAGAUUCAAGUGCAAACACAUUUGUUCGCGUUUGUGACCAGCUCAUUGAACAAUGGGUUAUUCACGGCCAACUUGGUUCUGAUGAGGCUCUACAAAAUUUGGUUAAAGAAAUUUUAUUUGCACCAAAAUUGCAUUUGGUUGGAGGGAAAAUGCGGAGAGUAUAUGAUGGGGAUGGCAGACUUAGAAGAGCUAGUUUCAAUGACUCCAACCAUUCAGGCCAUCUUUCAAAUUCUUCGUAUAGUAGUAAUUCUUGUGCUGAGGAAACUGGGCGAAUUCGAAGCGCCGAUGAACGUUUGUUAAAAAAGCUUGCGCCGAAUACGGAGUCUGCGGCUAUUUUAGUGAGUUAUGACAAAUUUUAG